AUGUAUGAAGAAGCCACUUUUGCUCAACUUUUUAUUGGUGCUCACGUCUGGAGCAGACUAUGGCAAUGUCUUGGUCAUGCCCUAGGCAUACGAGAACGUCGUAAACGGAGCCUACCCAGUAUUCUCCUUCAACAACAAUCCGCAACUUCAACAAACACUGCCUCUUCGAAAGCCCCUCCCAAUUUGACGACUUAUUCAGAUUUCUCACGCCUAGCUACAUUGACCUCUAAGGCCUAUGAAGUGGGCACCGGGGUACAGGAUGCAAGUAUGCUAUCAGCUAGUGGUCUUUUGCAUGCUCUUCACCUGGCUGCUGCCGUAUUUGCAAAGGUGGGUGUCAUUGUAAAUUAG